CAAGAAGGGGGAGGGUCUGGGUAGGUGUUUAAUUUGCGCGUACUUGGUGACGACAAUGCGGUCACGCUAAUGCAUAUCGGAAUUGGUUGUAUAUUCAUAUUGUGUUAAUUGAAGUCAACUACUUGCUUUCCUGUGAGCGCAGCAUUAAAGACCAGAGCAAGGAUUUAGCGCGUUCGUUUCGAAUCGAUUAUCAUCAGCUGUUCACAACUGUUGUCAAAUAUAUAAGUGCUUGAUAUGGGGGACACUCACUUACUAGCGACCAAAUCAGGAUAUCAAGAAAAUCAACAGAAUUGCUUUGACUUUGCUGCAGAGAGGGAAAAUUCUGUGAAAUCGUUGCUUACUUCUUUCUCUACACAAGACUCUGGAGAUAUGAAAAAGCAGGCAGAUCCGCAUCGCGAAACUUCCAAGAAUGUCAUGGAUAAACAGAGUUCAGAAAAACUUCUCCAGGAAAAAUUGUCCAGCAGCUACAAAGACAUUCUUUGUGGUGUAGGCGAAGAUCCUACAAGAGCAGGUCUUCUGAAAACCCCAGAAAGGGCAGCAAAAGCUCUGAUGUUUUUCACAAAGGGAUACAGAGAGAGUAUGAAUGAUAUUUUGAAUGAUGCCAUAUUUGAUGAGGACCAUGAUGAAAUGGUGAUAGUGAAGGAUAUAGAGAUGUUUUCUUUGUGUGAACAUCAUAUGGUGCCUUUUAUGGGGAAGGUGUCCAUAGGAUAUUUGCCAAACAAGCGGGUUCUUGGUCUAAGUAAACUAGCUAGGGUAUGUUCUAUCUUCUCCAGAAUCGUUGAGGUAUUCAGUAGAAGACUACAAGUUCAGGAAAGACUGACGAAGCAGAUUGCUGUGGCACUCACAGAAGCUGUGCAGCCUGCGGGAGUGGGAGUUGUUAUAGAAGCUACACAUAUGUGUAUGGUCAUGCGUGGGGUACAGAAAAUAAACAGUAAGACUGUGACAAGUACGAUGCUGGGUGUCUUCCGAGAGGAUCCGAAAACCCGUGAGGAAUUCCUCUCUCUCAUCAGGUGAUAAUGGAGGAGUUAAAAAUUGUCGUCAAUGCAGACAAAAAAAUUAUGUUGCUAUGCUAGCAUAUUGUGUCUGUAUUCCAAGAUUUCUCGACAUUCCUUGAAAAAAAAGAAAUAUUACAUGGUGGCUUUUGAACAGUUUUAUUUUACAUUUUAUAUACUGUAUGUAUUUUACAAAAAUGUUCCUUUCCAAAUGUAUAAUUAUUUGUGGGCUUAUUUAAGAAGGAUAUUAUAUAGUUAUCUUGUAAAUUCUUUGAAGAUUAUUUUCAACAUUUGUGAUUUAGGAAAGGGGGGAUGAAUGCUUAAGAAUUUAAAGAAUUGUUCUGUUUUAUUGCAUAAUAUUUUUGGUUUAUUACAUAGGUAUAUUUAUGUCAUUUCAUACAGUGGGUAUGUUUUAACGAUAACCCGGUUAAUUUUUUUUAUAAAUUUAGAACAAGAAAUUGAUUUCGUUUGACUUGAUGUUUGUUACAGGCAUUUACAUGUAAAUGUAAAAAAAAAAUCAAUGAUGGGGUUAAUCAGGGCUUAACUAGUCUCAGUUAAAUUAACAUAUAUUUUACAAUUAUACCGAGUACCCGGUACGCGAUUGGAAAAUCGUCCGAGUAAAGUUUACCGAUUAUCAAAAAUUGACGGAUUUAACAUCCCUAGUUUUAAACAUGUUAAAAUCUUUAAAUAUUUGGAAUUUAGAAAAUUAUCUUUCCCCAAAACGAUCUUGAGCUCCUGAAAGGAUGUUAAAAGCAUGUUGGUACUUUACAUACUCAAAUCAAAUUGAACUGUGACGAACGUUUUUAUGCAUAAUACAGUACCGACCAGACCCAACCUGACACAAAGCAGUCCCAAGCGGUCCCAAAGCAGUCUGGUCGGUACUGUACAUCACCCACUUUCCCACAAAUAAUGCAUUUUACGAGUAUAUUUUACAAUUUAUAAGAAUAGUAUUUUAUGUGGU